AUGGGCUGUGGUGGGAGCCGAGCCGAUGCCAUCGAGCCCCGCUACUACGAGAGCUGGACCCGGGAGACAGAGUCCACCUGGCUCACCUACACCGACUCGGACGCGCUGCCUAGCGCCGCGGCCACCGACAGCGGCCCCGAGGCGGGCGGCCUGCACGCGGGUGUGCUGGAAGACGGACUGUCCUCUAACGGGGUGCUCCGACCUGCAGCCCCGGGUGGAAUAGCCAACCCAGAGAAGAAGAUGAACUGUGGGACCCAAUGCCCCAACUCACAGAACCUCAGCUCAGGCCCUCUGACCCAGAAACAGAAUGGCCUCUGGGCCACAGAGGCUAAAAGGGAUGCUAAGCGAAUGUCUGCGAGAGACGUGGCUCUUAACGUUACAGAGAACAUCCGGCAGACGGACAGAAGUAAACGGGCCUCCAAGAACUGCAUCAAUUAGC